AAAAAUAUUCGAAAAUUGUGACAUCUAGUUGUAGCACUUAUGAUCGUUAUCAUAUUUUAUAUUUUAUGGAUUUGAUAAGACCAUGAAAAACCGUUACCCGUUCCUUCCCCGCCAGGUAACUUCGUGUCGGUUACAAAUUACGAUAUCAGUUGGUGAAAUUUUGACACGCGUAAACUUUCACGGCAACUUUUUCCACGAACCUGCUUUUAUAAGUUCAUAAGCCUUUUGUUAGUUUCGUAUGUCUUUAGUUUGAUUACAAGUCGAAGCACCUCAAGUUAGUCUAGUUUAACCAUUUCGCUGAAAACCAGCCUAAAACAUGUCCCUGGAAGACGUAGAAAACAUCAAGAAGCAUAUUGAACACUUCAAAAAAACCCUGAUGGAACUGACUGAGACACAGAGUCCAAAAGAGUCGGUGGAACACAAAAUCCGCGAAAUGUCCGCCGAAGUGGUGGACUCGAAUCCUUAUAGGUAAGUGUGUGUUUAGUUUUAGCAGCGAGUCAUUGGAUUUUCCUUAGUUAUAUGGCAGAAAUAAAAAAAAUUCAAAUCUUCAGUAUUUCCUGAUAACUUUAACACACCUCUCCCCAACAAAAUAAAAUAAAUUAAGUUGGCUAAUAUUUGUGUAGUUAUUUUAUUUAAUAUACAGUUAUUGUAAUGUUUAACUGCUAAGUGAACAUUUUAUUUAGAUAAGUAGUUAUUUUUGUAGUAUAAUUAAAUUUUGAAAAUAUUUAGUCCUAUAAAAUUAGACAAUUAAAAGUCAAUUCUUUUUAUUUAUAAUCAUAUACUUAAUCAUUGCUUAAAUUUAAUUUGUCUGGAUGUCUUUUUUUUUCAUCUCCUUUUUCUAUAGUCAAUAAAGCCAAGCCAAAAUGAUCCUUUAUACAUAGUGGUACUUUCCAAGUAAGUUUUUAUAAGUUAUAACUUCCAGAAGCUAUGUUUUACGCUUUUUAAAGUUAUUGGAAUAGUUAACAUUGUCCAAAGAGCUUAGGUUUGGAAAUAUGUAAGGUAUGACUAUGAGACCCCAGGCAAUGGCCCUACUCACCCAGCCCUGAAUUUAAGUUGAUACUCAAUGGUAACUUUAUUCUUGUAUGUUUGUUCAGUCGUUUGAUGGCUCUGCAGCGAAUGGGCAUAGUAAAAAACUAUGAGGACAUCAGAAAGUUCACUGUGGUCAUAGUUGGUGUAGGUGGUGUUGGAAGUGUUACAGCAGAAAUGCUGACCCGCUGUGGUAUAGGAAAGGUGAUAUUAAAAGAAAUGCCCAACUCAGAACACUCAUUAACUUAUAUUUAUGGUUUUCAGUUAAUAUUGUUUGAUUAUGACAAAGUAGAAUUGGCCAACAUGAACCGUCUGUUUUAUCAACCCGCACAAGCGGGAUUGAGUAAAGUUACAGCCGCAUCAAUGACUUUGACCAGAAUCAAUCCAGAUGUUAAGAUUGAAACAUACAAUACAAACAUUACCCUGACCACUCAAUUUGAAGAAUUCUUAAGGGUUUUACAGUAUGUCCAUACCUAAUAUUUUAUUUAUUUCAUAUUUUCAACUUUUCAACAAGUAUAUUAUUGAUUUUUCUUUGAAACAGAACUGGAGGAAUUAGUGGAAAUCGAGUUGACCUGGUAUUAAGUUGUGUCGAUAACUAUGAAGCUCGAAUGACAAUUAACACUGCAUGUAAUGAAUUGGCAUUGGAAUGGUUUGAAUCUGGUGUUAGUGAAAAUGCUGUAUGUGGACAUAUUCAAUACAUUGUACCUGGAGAAUCCGCUUGUUUUGCGGUAAUACAUACAUUUAAUCUACAACAAAAUUUGCAUACCUAUUUAUUGUUUUAUUUUAAACACUUUAAAAUAAUGUCUAUGGUUUGUUUUAUAAAAACAAAUUUAAUUUAUAAGUCUUUUUUUAUAAUAUUAAUUAGUGUGCUCCUCCAUUGGUUGUGGCUUCGGAGAUUGACGAGAAAACAUUGAAAAAGGACGGAGUGUGUGCCGCAAGUUUACCGACUACAAUGGGUGUUGUCGCAGGAUUACUCGUUCAAAACACAUUAAAGUAAUUUUUGUAAAUAAUAUUUUGUUUUUUCUUUCUACAAUACUUAUGAUUUUUAUAGAAAACUCUUGCAUUUUGGAACAAUUUCAUGGUACUUGGGAUAUAAUGCAUUAGCAGAUUUUUUUCCUAGCAUGAUGAUCAAACCAAAUCCUAAUUGCACUGAUAGUUUUUGUUUAAAACGACAAGAAGAAUUUAAAAACCGUGUAAUAGAAGAACCUGUGUGUAAAAAUGAAGAACUACCUGAAGAUAAGGUCAUCCACAAAGAUAAUGAAUGGGGUCAGUACUCAGUUUUUCAGAAAUUGUAUUAAGAAUGGUUUCUAAGACAUAUUGUUUAUUUUAAAAAAACAAGUUAGGAAGCAUACUCUGUGGUCAUGUUAAGUUCCUGGUUUCUAAAUAUUUUAAACAAUAAACUAAAUUCUAUAUACAAUUUUCAAAAAAUUUGGUAACCUAGUAUUAAUUGAAUAUCUUAAAUUGUAAAGUCGGAGAAUUUUAAAAUUCCAUAAGUACAAUUAUAUUUACUCAUUUAAAUAUAUGAUAUAUGAAUCAUAUAUAUAUAUAUAUAUAUAUAUAUAUAUAUAUAUAUAUAUCUGCUUGUAAAUCAAAUGAACAACCGUAACUAUGUUGAUGGACAUACAGGAAUUUAAGAUUUUCUAAACUUACGUUAGCUUCGGUUUAGAAACCUAAAACUAAAUAUACUGUUCAUAUUGUGUGCAUUGUACAUAAACACCAUAAAAUAUUAUUCCCCUAGUGGUUUGAAGUAUGUUAAAUAAAUAUUAUUUUGAAAAUUGUAGUAAAUGGAAAUAUACGUUUUAGGAAUAUCAUUAGCAGAUGAUUCAAUAGUAGUAAACCAGUCAAUAGUGACAGACAAAUCAACUGUGGCUGACAACUCAACAGCAGUUCUAUUGGACAAUUCUAGUGAAUUGAAUAAUACAAUAGAACUUGUUUCAACAUCAAUAACGAAAAAUGUUUCCAAAAACACCAGUAUAAAGAAUGAAGAAGAAUACUUAUCGUUAAACGAUGGAUUAGAAUUUGCUUACUCUUCUGCCGAUAAAACUGCUACAAACGAAGAAACUUUAGUAAAAGACACAGACUUAACUGUAGAUGAUCUUAGAGCACAGAUGGCAUUACUAUAAUUGCCAUUUAAUUAUAAUCAUAUAUAUAUAUAUAUACUUUUUAAAUUUACUUUGAUGUAUAAGCUUAUAAAUUUUAAAGUUUAUAUUGAAUACAGAUCCAAUUUUUCUAACAUUUUAUAUACAUAUACUUUAAAUAAUUUAAUAAAAUGGAUUUGUAUUUUAUAAUACAAAUUAUGGAUACAUUUAAUAAUUAUCUCCAUUAAAUAUUAAAUAUAUUGUUUUCUUUAAUAUAUGUAAAACAAAUUGAAUGUUGUUUAAAUCAGUUUUGCACA